UUCCGGCCCGCGGGGUCCGAGUCAGUGUCCAGCGGGAACAGGUCGGAUGAGGCCAGUGCGACUCAUGAAGGUGUUCGUCACUUGCAGGAUUUCUCCCGAGGGCAGUGCAGCGCUCGCCCGGGCCACCGACUGCAAGGUGGAGCAAUGGGAUUCAGAUGAGCCCAUCUCCAACAAGGAGCUGGAGCGAGGCGUGGCCGGGGCACAUGGCCUGCUUUGCAUCCUCAGUGAACGCAUAGACAAAAGGCUCCUGGAUAUCGCAGGAGCCAAUCUCAAAGUCAUCAGUACAAUGUCUGUGGGUGUUGACCACUUGGCUUUGGAUGAAAUCAAGAAGCGUGGGAUCCGUGUGGGCUACACCCCAGAUGUCCUGACAGAUGCCACUGCAGAACUCGCUGUCGCCCUGCUGCUCACCACCUGUCGCCGGCUGCCGGAAGCCAUUGAAGAAGUGAAGAAUGGUGGCUGGACCACGUGGAAGCCCCUGUGGAUGUGCGGCUAUGGACUCUCGGGGAGCACCGUCGGCAUCAUCGGGCUGGGACGCAUAGGCCAGGCCAUUGCUCGGCGUCUGAAACCAUUUGGGGUCCAGAGAUUUCUGUACACAGGGCGCCAGCCCAGGCCUCAGGAAGCAGCAGAAUUCCAGGCCGAGUUUGUGUCCGUCCCCCAACUGGCUGCUGAGUCUGAUUUCGUGGUUGUCUCCUGCUCCUUAACGCCUGCAACCAAGGGGCUCUGCACCAAGGACUUCUUCCAGCGGAUGAAGAAAACAGCUGUGUUUGUCAACAUCAGCAGAGGAGAUGUGGUCAACCAGGACGACCUGUACCAGGCCUUGGCCAGCGGUCAGAUUGCAGCUGCUGGACUGGAUGUGACGACCCCGGAACCACUGCCUACGAACCACCCUCUGCUGACCCUGAAGAACUGUGUGAUCCUGCCUCACAUUGGCAGUGCCACCUACAGAACCCGAAACACCAUGUCCAUGUUGGCAGUUAACAACUUGCUGGCCGGCCUGAGAGGGGAGCCAAUGCCCCGUGAACUCAUGCUGUAGCCAGACAGGACACCGGAGGCCAGGCAGGCAAUGCCCAGAUGCUGUCAGGGGUGGCAGGCUUGACCCGGACCCACAGGGCGGGAGCCAAGCCUGGUCUGUACUGAUGCUGCAGAAGGAAGACUGGAGCUGCUGGAUGUGCUUGCCGCUUUCCUGGUUGGAAACCCUGGGGCAGAAAGUGUGUAACUAUUAAAUAAUUCUCUGAGA